UGCGUGAGAUGAAGUAAUUUUUUUUGGCAGGCGACAACCAACAGUAAACUUCUUUGGCAGCCGAAAAUAAUGCUUUCAUAUUUGAUGUCAGGAACUAAGACACAUUAGAGCCAACCAUAAUCUGUCGCAAUAGCGUAUAGACACAAUACCUGCCAAUAAACAAAGAUAGAGAAAGACUGAAAGCUAAAGAUAUACCCUAAUAAACACCAAAAAGGAUGGAGGAUGGGAAUGACCAGCAGUGGUCCUAGGAGUGGUAUUAUUUGCGAGUUUACCUGCAGGAGGUGAGCUCUGUGUGCGGAACAGACACCGGCGCCUCCCUUCAUCGACUGUUCCUCCCUCCCCCAACCAACAACAUGGAUCAUCGCAGUCCACCUGCGCUUUGUAGUCAAGAUUACUCUAUUUUUAUUCCUAAGUCAUCUAUGUAAGGUCUCUAGAACACUACAGUCUGUUUUAAGAGUCAACCAGGGUUCUCGAUGAAACCAUUAAGUGAACAAUGUAGCGAGCAUCAGAAGAAAAACGCUGGGGAGAUGCCGAGUGAGGAGGCGAGGACAGCACCUGGAAACGGUGCGACUGUGAACGCAGCACCUACAAGAGAGAGUCCAGCACAGCAGAACGGGAUUGUGUCUUCUCAUGAUGUCAUCAGCCCUGUAUCCCAGUCCCAAACUGAGCACCAGCUUCCAUCCAUUGCACCAGCUUCUCCAGCUCAACCUCCCAGAGAACAGUGGGGCGGCAAAUAUGAAUUUCUUCUCUCCUGUAUUGGCUACUGUGUUGGCCUGGGAAAUGUCUGGAGGUUCCCCUACCUCUGCUACAGAAAUGGAGGAGGUGUGUUUCUCAUCCCGUACUUCAUCAUGCUCUUCUUCACGGGAAUGCCUCUCUUCCUCAUGGAGCUCAGCCUGGGCCAGUAUGGAGCCGCGGGUCCCAUCACCGUCUGGAAGUGCUGUCCCCUCCUAAAAGGGAUUGGCAUAGGGAUGCUGUGUGUGUCCAUUCUUGUGUGUCUCUAUUAUAAUGUCAUUAUCGCUUGGACGUUCUACUACCUGGGCAGCUCUUUCCAGAGUCCUCUGCCCUGGUCAUGUGAUGCUCCUCAUAACAUUGCCUUUUGUAGAAACAAAACUAAUGUCACCCAAAGUCCCUCUGAGGUCUUCUGGAAUGUGAAGGUUCUGGGUGUGGUGAACAGUGAAGGGCUGCAUGAUCCCGGUCCAGUGCGUUGGCCUCUAGCUCUCUGUUUGCUGGCUGCCUGGGUCGUCAUUUUUCUCUGCAUGCUCAAGGGCAUUCGCAGCUCUGGCAAGGUGGUGUAUGUGACUGCCACCUUCCCCUAUUUUGUGCUGCUUGUCCUCAUCAUCAGAGGGGCCACCCUUGAGGGCUCCUUGAACGGUGUCGCCUUUUACCUCACUCCAAACUGGGUCCAUUUGGCUAAUGCACAGGUGUGGAAUGAUGCUGCGUCGCAGAUAUUUUAUUCUUUGGGUAUUGGGGUUGGUGGCCUUCUAUCAAUGGCAUCUUACAAUAAAUUUGACAAUAAUGUCAUCAGGGAUACUCUGAUUAUCACCAUAGGGAACUGCGCUACCAGCUUUUUUGCAGGUUUUGCCAUUUUCUCUAUCCUGGGUCAUAUGGCUUGGAGGAAGGGAGUGCCCGUGGGUCAGGUGGCAGACACAGGUCCUGGUCUGGCGUUUGUUGCCUACCCAGAAGCCCUGGCUCUUCUCCCUGGAUCAGUGUUUUGGUCCAUUCUGUUUUUUCUCAUGCUCUUUAUGCUGGGAGUGGACACACUGUUCGGGAACAUGGAGGGCAUCUGUACAGCAGUACUGGAUGAGUUUCCUCAGCUCAGAUCCAAUCUGAAGCACAAGACGCUGUUCCUGGCACUGCUCUGUUUCGCCUUCUAUCUGAUGGGCCUGCUGCUUAUCACUGAUGGUGGGAUAUACUGGUUCACGCUCAUAGACUCCUUCAGCACUAGCUUUGGUCUCAUCAUCAUUACUCUCUUCAUGUGCAUUGGCAUCUCAUUCUUCUAUGGGGUGAACCAGUUCUGUCAGGACAUUGUGGACAUGAUCUGUCUUUGUCCGCCCUGGUGCACAAAACUGCUGUGGUACUUUAAAGCCUGCUGGGUGGUGUUCACUCCCUUCCUGCUAACGUUCAUCCUGACCUACAUCUUCAUCGAGAUGUACCGUACUUCUCUGACCUACGGCUCAUACGUGUUUCCGACCUGGGGCAAAGCACUGGGCGUGUGUAUGGGUGCCUUCUGCUGUCUGCAGAUUCUUAUCUGGGCAAUUGUGGCUGUCAGUAAAGAGUCUGGCACUCUUAAAGAUCGCUUUAAGAAAUCCAUCCGUCCCCUCAACUCUUGGCGCGUCAACAACAUAAACACGGCCACUCAGGAGCAGCAUGUGGAGCCCCAGACAGUAGAGGGACCCUUCACGGUUAACCUGACUGAAGCGGACUUCACUGCCAUGAACUGGGAGGCCAUAAGCGAGGCGUAACACUGCCCCAAGUGUUGGGAGGUGGAACUGCACCCUCUCAAAAGGACAAGUACUGGUGAGGACUUCUGUCUGGAGAAUGGUACACUCUUCCUCGCCAGUCCAGCUGUACUGAAAUGAUGUCACUGACUUGUAGGAAAGUUUUUUUUUCUUUUUUUUAAUUUAUGACAAUGUUACUCAUUUGAAAUAAUACUGGGCCUAAGGCCAAAGCCAGAGACUGAGAAACACAAAAGACAUUUGGUUUCUUUGGUUGAAUACUUGAUGUCCUAAGGAUUCCAUUUCAUGCCAUUCACCUAGUCUUCUCAUCAAAGAGUGUAAAGACUUAUUUUAUAAGGUAACAGACUAAGUAACAUGAUCUGUUUUUCUUUACAGUACAUAAGAGCCAGGUCAAAUCAAAUCAGGACAAUUCCUUUUAGAGACGUGAUAAUAUAGAUAGAAUAGUAACUAUUCACAUGAAAAUAAAAUGUAGUACAUUGUAAAGCCUCUUUAGAAUGUUUAAAUAUAUAAAAACAUUACCAUUUUCAGAAUGUUUUGAAAUGCCACACAUCCAGCAAAUAAAAUCAAAAUGUUUCAUAA